UAAAGAAAAAAUUCUCAUUUUUUGCAUGUUCAGCUGAUCUGCUCUGACUAAAGGAUAAAAUUGACCACAGUCUCUAAUUAGCACCAAAUUACUAUUCUUUCCAGGAAACUUCCUGGAACAUUCUUAGGAAAUUAAGUACUAACAACAUGAAGUGUUACUGAGAUAUGUUCAAUGUCCUGUUAGAAGUCUGUGUGUGUGGGUGUGUGUGUCUGUGCUCUACAUAUGUGUGUACGAGCGUCUGCAUGCAUUGGUCUCUGACAGUGUUUUUUAUCAGUGAGUGCCAGCUGGCAGUAACACACUUGGCCUCUCAGAGCGACAGUGAGAAACACAGUCGUCUACUGAAGACACUGAAGUUAUUGAUAAGGAUGAAGGGGCUUCUGCUCCUGUGUCUGCUCUUCUUCUGUGGAGGUCAAAGGUCAUCAGCCUGCCCUCACCUUUGCUCCUGUGAUGGCAGUCAGGUGGACUGCAGCGCCAGGUCAAUGUCCUCCUCCUCGCUCCCUGCCAGUUUCCCUGCCGGCACCACUGAGCUCCGUCUCCACAACAACCUGCUGACCACCCUCCCUAAUGGGCUGCUGGACGACCUCACCUCCAUCCGCUCGGUCUCCCUUCAUGGGAACCCGUGGGUGUGUGACUGUGGGGUCCUCUACCUGCGGGCCUGGCUUCGACGUCAGCCCACCAGUCACACGUCACACCUGGGCGUCAACUGCAGCUCCCCUCCCAGCCUGAGAGGGAGGCUGGUGGUGUAUUUAACUGAAGAGGAGGUCCUGGAUUCCUGUUAUUACUGGUACUGUGACCUGGCUUUGGCCUCGCAGGUGUGCCUGUUUGUGUUUGUGCUGGUGCAGGCGGCUCUGCUGGUGGCCGUCAUCGUGUUCCUGAGGAAGUUUGAGAGGCUGUCCAAGGAGGCGAAGAAAACCACAGAGGAGAGCUUCACAGAGGCGGACGGUCCGAGGGAGAACGAGUACAGCAGCAUCUGAGAUUGAGCUGCGUUGUGUGGUUGUUAGAUACAAAAGGAGUAACAGAGAUGUUUAUCCUUUGCACACUGGAGAGAAAAUGUCUGUCAGAUACUUUGAAGUUGCAGAUUAUAAUUGCAAAGUAACUUUUUAUGCAGGUGACAAAUUAAAGGAGAAACCUGAAUAAAUCAGUGGAGAAUCAGAA